GUUUUUAUCAACGGAACGACGUUAACGAAAUAAAUGUGAACGCGGUUUUACCUAUUUACUUUUUCUAUUAUAAAAAACACAAACGUAACAAUAAUUUAUUUGUCGAUUUUAAUCAUUGCGCGUUGCGGUCUUCCUUCCGAGCUGUGCACGAUAGAUGACAAUACGACUUAGUACUUACAAAGGAAAAUAAUUAUAAUCAACUAAAGUGUGGAAACGAUAUCCAAGACAAUAAGUAAUUGUCACAACUUGCGAUAUUUUGGUGCGUCAGUUUCGUGUAAAAAAAUCUUGUUGUUCCAUGUAUUUAAUCAGUAAACCGUAUUUUAAGAUGAAUUAUAUCUGAAGUAAUUUGAUCUCAAGAAAUAACCAAAUACAAUGCCAAUGCCAAUUAUAAAUAAAAAGAAAUUGAGCUAUAUACCACCUCAAGGUGUUCGGUGUCAAAAGUGCCUUGAGCAUGGUCACUGGACAUAUGAGUGCAAAGGAAAAAGGAAAUUCGCUGAUCGCCCUUCACGGACGACGUUACUCAAAAGAAACCUAAAUAAAGAUAGACCAGCUAAAGCAGUUUUAGACAAUGUUCCUAAGAAACAAACCGGGAGAGCCAAACGCAAGAAGAAGACAAAUUCUAGCGAUUCGUCUUCGUCGUCUUCGGAUUCGGACAGCUCUGAAAGUAGCAGCAGCAGCAGUACUAGCAGUAGCAGCAAUAGUAGUACUAGCAGUAGCAGCAGUAGUAGUAGCAGCAGCAGUGAUCAUUCGAAAUGAAUAUCUAAAAAAAAUAAAACCCGUUUCUUAUUUAAAUAACAUCCUAGGUACUUGUUAAGAACAACAUUUUUUUUUAUAUAAAUAUACCUCUUAAACGCAUAAUAGUUCAUAAAGACACCGACGAGCUACUGGAACUACUAGACGUACUACUAGACAAGUCAGAUUCCUCGUCGUCAGUUUCAUCGUUAAUAUUUUCACACAAUCGAUUAUUAAUGACUAUCGUCGGACUUGUCCUGGCAAAAAGAUAAAAAAAAGAACGCGUUUUAAUUAUUACUUAUGUUCGUUUAUUUACAAUUAUUACUAUUAUUUUUUACGAGAAUUUUUUUUUUUUCUAAUAUUACAAAAUAGUGAAAAUAAAAAUAAAAUUGUGUGCAAA